AGGACACACUAAUAAAACCACCCCAUCUGACAGUGUCAAUAGACGUGCACGUACAUGUACAUGUAGCUGAUGAGACGUCGUUGCUGCAGUGCUACUGCUAGUGGACCGUCACCUCGUGAUCCAGGAGGGAAAAAUCUUAAGGCCUGCAAUCAGAAGAGGACGUGUAACUGCCUAUAAUUUUUAAAGAUAAAGACAGGAAGAUUGACAAGAAACCCAAAUGAGGAACAUACAGGUCUUGUUGCUUGUGCUGGCUGUCUCUGUUUGCUACUCUGCUGCUGCACCAAGUGCGAGGGAUGAUAAAAGCGUCCACUGGGCAUUGCUGGUAGCUGGCUCUAGUGGUUGGGGCAACUACAGACAUCAGGCUGAUGUUUGCCAUGCCUACCAGGUCCUGCAUAACCAUGGCAUUCCAGAUGAGAACAUUGUGGUCAUGAUGUACGAUGACAUUGCCCGCAAUGAAAACAAUCCUCAUAAGGGUGUAAUCAUCAACAGACCCAAGGGACCAAAUGUGUACACCGGGGUGCCUAAGGACUACACUGGAGAACAAGUGACUCCCAAGAACUUUCUGGCAAUUCUCCAAGGGGAAAAGGCUGCAAUGCAAGGCAUUGGCAGUGGCAAGGUCAUCGCCAGUGGACCAAAUGAUAAUGUCUUUGUCUUCUUCUCUGAUCACGGAGCCACAGACCUGAUCGCAUUCCCUUCCUCCACGCUCUCCGAAAAGGAAUUGCAAGGUGCUUUGGAGAAGAUGGCAGCUGCAAAGAAAUUCAAAAAGUUGGUGUUCUACCUGGAGGCCUGCGAGUCAGGGUCGAUGUUUGACAGCUACAAGAUUGAUAACAUCUACACGACCACUGCCUCAAGUCCGGACGAAUCGUCGUAUGCUUGCUACUUUGACCAAGAUCUGGAAACAUACCUCGGAGAUGUGUACAGCGUGAAGUGGAUGGAGAACUCUGAUAAAGCCGACUUCAGCAUAGAAACUCUCUUGCAGCAGUUCAAAAUUGUGAAGACAGAGACCAACACCAGCCACGUCCACAAAUACGGGGAUAUGUCGUUCGAUAAGGACCAUCUUGGGGAGUACCAAGGGAAAGGCCCAAAGAUUGAACUGGACAAGAGUGCAAAGCUAACACCGGUGCCACUGGAUGCUGUGCCAAGCCCAGAGGUUCCCAUGGCGAUCUUGCAUCGCCGUUUAAUGGCUGCUCGGGAUCCACGGAAACGCAGCGAGAUACUGAAAGAGAUCACUACCCUUGGACAGUCCCAACAAGCAAUGGUGUCGGUUCUGCAAGCCACUGUCAAGACCGUCCUGAACGACAAUGGAGACCGGUUUGAUCAGGUCAUGACCCGGCAUGGUGUCCAGGUCACUAACUGGGACUGCUACAAGACUGCCGUCGACCACUUCUCGGAGAAGUGCUUCCCCUUCAAAAAGCAUGACUAUGCUCUGUCGCUGAUGUACAUCUUGGCCAACCUGUGCGAGGAACAAGUGCCAACACAGUUGAUCACCACUGCCCUGGAUAUGCAGUGCAAGUAAGAGCUCAGACCAGAAAGCCUGUGUUUGUGCCAGAGCCAUUGAUUUGACUUCGUGUACUCGCCCAAGGGAUAAUGAAGGCUAAUCGAGAGAUGGAAGAUCUUAAGCUAAGAUCAAGUACUGAAAUAAUCAUUUUUUUUUUUACAUUUUGUAAUUUUGCUGUGACUAAAAUGUUAUUCAAUGCCUCAUAUUAUUUGGGGGUGUGAUAAGGAAAUUCCAAUGAAUGUAUGAAUGUGUUGAAUGUGUAGAAUUCAAGGUAGAAGUAUUUUAAAUGCUCGUGUAUUCCGCUUUCCUGUGUGUAAACACAUUCUUCAGUUUUGUACCAGGGCUCCUAUGCAUCAUCCAAUACUUGGUAUUCUGCAGUUAUAUCCGAGUUGCUUAGUUUUCAUGUUGUGGUUGGUUUGUUUGCACAAUGUAUUGUGGCCAAAGGGUCUAUAGAUUGCACAAUGUAUUUUGGUGAAAGGUUUAUGGUAAUCUUUAAUGUUUCCCACUAUGUAGAGUUUAUAUGGAUUUUAUUUUUGUAGUUUCGUAUAUUCUGCUACUCAUGCACACGUACUAGUAUAAAAAAAAAACAAAAUAGAAUUCUGCCAUUUUUAAGUCAAAGUAGCUUUCUGCAAUUCCAGAGUUGCUUUUUUUCAAAGUAAUUUCCAACUUCCUGACUCCGAGUAUCUCUCUCCCCGGUGGUGUAGCAAAACAUGACUCUGUGCUCAGGUAUGUAAAUUGUGUGAGCCAGCAAGAUUGUAGCCCUCUUUAUACAGAACCUGUGUAGUUUUCCUCCCAUUAUUUGGUUUGUAGAGGCAGACCAAUAUGUAGAAGCUGUCUCAACACAGUCAUGUUCAUUUCUUGAUUCACUCCAAAAUUCAGGGAAACUGUCAAGAGGUAUGUAUUUCUUUACAAAAUAAACUAACUGGCUUUGCAAGCAUUCCAUGUUUGUGUUUUUGUCUUAGCAAAAAUGUUUGCACUGCUGAUAAUGGACAGGAAAAAAGUAGCAGACCAGUGUGGUUAUUAUUGUGAUUUCUGUUUGCCUGAAAAAGAAAUCCACCUUGAAAAAACAAAAGCUUUCUCUUUGAGCAGCUUUGAUAGAGAUCUUACGGCAAAUCCCACUGAGCCUGUGAAUGACCAGGAGGUCUCUCCGUAGUAAUAAAAAUAGUUCAAAUUUCCAAACCCAACCGGCCUUUCCAGCUCUGCAUGAAAAGUAACACAGAAGCCAGUGUCCAAAUGCUUCUCAGUAACAAAUGGUGUGCAGAAUCUUGGCUGGACGUGGCAUAUACUUUGGCAGGGCUCAGGGUAACAACACAAUUUAUCAGACACACUGUUAUUACUACAAUACCAUGCAUGAAGUUCCAUCACUUUAAGAUAAAAGAACAGCAAAGAUUUAAAUAUCUUUUUGUUUACCAGAAACUUUCCUUGAGCAAGUGUAUAGAAUUAUUGGCGGUCACUGAUGUCCAUGGCUUGGUUUCUGAGCUGUUUAGAUGAAGAGUUAAAUACAAACAAUACAAAGUCACACACUCCUGUCGAGAAUUCUGUAGGAAUACCACUGAUUGGUUAAUACUUUUAUUAGUUUGAUACAAACAUGAAAUACAUAGGCAACUGUCGAAUAACUUAAAAACGUUUUUGUACAAUGAUGAACACAUACCAUACAUGUGCACACACAAAACAGGACAAAACAAAGGGGGAGGGGGAUGAACUCAAGUUCAGUCUGAGACUGAGCAGUUUUUUGGUCAUUUUGACAAGUCUUGACAACCUCACAAUUACAAGGGCUAUUUUAUGGCAGCAAGCAUGCAAAGCUGGAUUUAAGUUCCAGACAUGAGUGGCUCUCUCUUUCAGCUAUCUUGGAAGCGUUGCUUUGUUAAUUCCAGUAAGUAACGACAAACGCGUGACCGGUCCAACAAACCACAUUUACAUGUCAUUCCUAGUGUUGAUCCUUCAUAUUGUGUAGCUAAGAAAGGCUGGAGAAAUUUAUGAAAAAUUAAAAACAUUUGCUUGCAACCCAAA